AUGAAGCUUCUCGGAACCACUGUUAUCCUUGCCAGUGCCUUGAUUUGUGCCUCCUCUGCUUCCGUUACUAAUGGCGAAGCUAAGCAGGAUAUUUCUGAGGUACAUGAAGCCCCGCAAGCUCCUGGUAUUGCUGCCAUGGACGAAAAAAACCAAAGAGAUACAGAAGAGGUUUCAGUAGCUAGUUAUAUCGCUAUUGAGAGUGGCGACAGCGAUGUCGGCGGGAGCCACGGACCUCAACAAGACGAAUUCGAAAGCUUGGAAGAAGAAGAAGAAGAUGAUGAUGAAGAUAGUCUGGACGAAUUAAGUGAUUUCCCAGAACCUCAAGGCCGGAAUCAACUCAUGAAUGAAGAACAUGAAGGAGAAGAAGAUGAAGAAGAGGACGACGAUGAGCAUGAAGGUCGAAACAAACAGCAAGUCGGCGGUUUUUGGAGCAGACCUUCAGAUUUGAAAGACGAUGUACCCGAAAAAUUCAUCGAUGAGGACGAUAAUGAAAGCAAGAGCAAGAAAAUGAGCGCUCACGAGCGGGACAGCAAAUCGAACAAUCAUCAGCAUGACACGGAGAAAGAUAUCAAACAAACGGAGGAAGAAAAGGACACAGAUGAAGACAAAGACGUCCAUUCGAUGCAUACCCUUUCCCAAAGUUCCCAUUCAAGCGAAGAAGAUGAAGAAGAGAACACUAUGGUCAGGGCAGCAACAGCUCCCCCUCCAGCCGGUACCCACACAUCAAAUGGCAACAGUGGUGCUUCAAUUAGUGCCAGCAGUGCCAAUGCUGGAUCAUCAUCACAGGUUGCCAAAGCUGCCAGCGGAUCUUUGGCACACUCUAAGAGUGCUAGUGCAACACGUGCCAGCGGAACAUCCACGGCAGCUUCUGAUGCGUUGGUCACUAAUCAUGUACUUAACCCAGCAGCGUUGUUUACCCUUACUGGAGCACUUGUCUGGUUGCUCGUAUAA